GCCGUCGUGUCGAGUUGCAGCGUAGUGUGCGGGCUGUGUGGUGUGUGCCUCUCGUUUUCGUACGAGAGAAGCUCUCGAGUCGCUAGUUCUCGCUACGACUGCCCGCUAUGCGCACAAGUCCGCGUUGAUGGGUUCGGCCGUCUCUUGUACUUCCUUCGCAAUUAUGGAACGGGGUCGACGCAGCAACAGAGUGCGACCCCUGGACGACAUCAGCAGCUCGUCGUCCCUCAGCUCCGUCGGCUGCGAUUCGUUCGCUCGCGUCGCUUCGCUCGUUCCCAGCUCGGACGAGGAGAGAUGGCAGUUCAUCGACUUGACGUGUCAACACGAAGCCAAACGAAUCGAGCAAGACCACACGCGUGACUGGAAGACGUUGCGUAUCUUCGUCUCGUCUACCUUCAGCGAUUUUCGGGCGGAACGAGAGGUGCUAGCUAGUCAGGUCUUUCCCGAAUUGCGAGAGUGGUGCGAGUCGCGGCGAUUUCAUGUCGUCACUACCGACCUUAAUUGGGGUCUAGAGAAUGAAACUAGAACAAAAGAACGCUUGGAAGCUUCUCUUCGAGAAAUUGAAAGAUACAAAGAAGAAGCAUCAUGUUUCUUCUUUCUCUCUUUGUUAUCCGAGAUGUCAGGAUGGAUUCCAACAUCUGACGAGCUACUUCCAGAAGUAGCAAGUAGAUUUGGAUGCAUACAAGGAAUGUCGAUGCAAGAGAUAGAAAUUGUCAGUGCUGUGUAUCGUGAUCGGAAUCCCAAUGCCGGCUUUUUCUUUCGAGAUCCUGGCUCCCUUGUCGGGCUUCCUGAAGAUGCCAAGGCAAAAUUUCUUUCUCCGUCACAGAAGCACAUACAGUUACUCAAACAUAAAAUUGAAGAACGGUUUCCGGAUCAAGUCAGGACCUAUAAAUGUUGGGUGUUGAAGAAUGCAGAGACGUUUGCAGAGGGUCAAGUGGUGAUGCAAGGGCUCGAUUGCUUUGCUCGAAAUGUAACUCAACAUUUCAAAGACAGGAUCUCGAUGCAGUUUCCUGCUCACACGUCAUGUUGUGAGACGAGACUCCCGAGCAAGUCCACUCUGUCUCAGUUGCAUCAGAUGAACAAGUUGCAGCAACGAGUGCUGAAAUCGAAAUCAUUGCAGCACUGUUUCGGCCAGAGCCACGUCGAGAGGCAAAUCAUCGGGUACAUCAACGGUCGAGGUGCUGGUACUCCGUUGGUUCUGACGGGCGACGCUGGCGAGGGUAAAUCGACCGUUCUUGCGAGAUGUAUACUGCAGCUGUCGAAUCAGGCUGUUGCGGACAACGCACGACCGAUGCAUCCUGCAGGACUGACAUUCGUUGGCAGACAGACAUGGAAGCUGUUCCACCAUUUCGUUGGUAAUAUCCCAGGCUCUCGCAACCUUCGAAAAUUGUUAUGGCGUCUGUGGCAUUUUGAGCCACUCGUGGGCACACACAACGACCCGAUUCCGAAAGACAUCAAUGUAUUGGCGAGAAACAUUAAUCUUCUGUUGUCCAGAGGAGGCAGCGAGCGAGUGGCUUUGUUUAUCGAUCAGCUGGAUAUGUUGGAAGAUGGCCAGCACGCUCAUGAGUUGAAAUGGCUGCCAGCCAAGUUACCGGACACCGUUAGAGUUGUAAUUUCUGUGCAACGGAAAUCAGCAUGUUACAAAAUUUUGCACAAUAGGCAGCCAGUUCCUGUUGAAGUGUUCUCAAACUACCAAGAUAAGAAUGGAGCAUCGGAUGCGAUACAUGCCGUGUUGAGGAGAUAUGAUUUGUGGCUAAAUGAGGAACAGUUGAAGAACCUGAGCCAGAAGCCGGGAUCAGCGAACAUCAUGUACUUGACAGAGGCCUGUCAUGAGUUGCUUCAGUAUUCGAAAGACGAGUUCGAUGAAGUUCUUAUGUCGCUGCCUGUGGACUUACCGAGUCUGAUUGACAAAUUGCUACAUGAUUGUGAAACUUGCCAUGGUGGCCGGCUGGUUAUUGCUGCUUUGUGCCUCACGGCUUGUGCUCGAAAUGGGUUGUUGGAGACCGAAAUGUUAGACAUGCUGGGCAGUCUGGCAGCGUGUAGUUCGCCGUCUGGCCGAAGCCUUUCUGAGACUGACAUGCAAAACAUACCACACGAGCUCGUCAAUACGUGUGGAAUGGCUCUCAUUCCUGGAGGAGGUCUUCCGUUUAUGAUGGAACCGGCAGCAUGGGAAAGGGUUUCAGGCUGGGAAAGCAGCACUGACGAGAUGAUGUCCAGUCGUGUGAGCAUUGUAGCAGAGGGGGUGGCCCCACCUGUCGAUCACGAUGGUGGUGAUUCGGGUAUUGGGACCAACAGUGCUUCAGCAAGUCGGAAAGUCAGUGGAAUAGGGCCAGAAAUCAACUUCUCUUCAGAGAGGCGAAUGAGUGGAAGUAGUGUCAGUAGUCAAGGACGCUUAGCGGCUUGGACUCCCCUUCGAAGAGGAAGCAAUGGCGGAGGCCUUUGCUCGGGCAGUUCCGGCAGUUCACUGAAUCAGCCAGCUAUGAGGAGAAGCAGUCUUAAUGGUUUAUCUCAGUUAUCAAUUGCUGAUCAUAGUUCAGAAGGCGACAUAUCGUCUAUUGGUUCUGACUGUAAAAUUUCGGCUAAAAAUCGCCAAAGGCAACGAUCAAUGUUUUCUCCUCAUCCAUCUCCGACUCCACGUCUUCUUGCUGCACAGUGGGUGCAUGUUUAUGCUGGUCUGAGUCAACUCUUGGGGAAAUCAGGAUUACCAGAAGAAGGUCGACUUAAUUUUUCGCAUUCUGCUAUAAGAGAAGCUGUCAUUGCUCGAUACUUUCACCACCCCCAGACUCCAGGGUUUCCUUUCUCUUUCUGCACGAGCUCACAGUUUUAUGGUGCCGAUGAACCAGCAACGAGUUAUCCUGCUGCCAUGAUGAGAAAGACGAUGACCAGUAAUGGAUCGGGAUGUCUUUCACUACACGAGUCCAAUGCACCAGGCCCCUCGCGGACAGAAGAGCAAAAACGUUUUGCUCUGCGAGAAAUGGUCCAUCGACGGUUUGCAUGGUGGCAUGCUCGUUUAGCUAAUUACUUUGAAUGUUCGGCUGACUUGGACAGACGAGCAGAAGAACUACCAUAUCAUCUCAUAAGAAUAGGAGACUGGGGCAAACUCGCACGCUGUCUUAGUGAAUGGCAAACAUUUUGCCGACUUAGCACAGAUGAGAAUGUCAUGGAUCUACUGUACUAUUGGAGGUUUGCCGGUGGUUCAAAGGCUGCUGUUGUUCGCUACAAUGAGGCUCUAGAAACGUUUGCUGCAUCGCCCGAUGUAACAGACGAGGAGAUGACAAACAGACGUCGACGGGUUGCACAAGUCCUCAACAUGAUGGGCGAAACAGAAGAAGCUCAUAAGCUCAUGAGUGAAGCUUUGGAAGCCGAAGAGCAGUCGCCCAACUCAAACCCUCAACGAGUAGCAGAUUUAGCUGUGGAAAUUGCAGAGAUUCUUAGCUCACGUUUAAAGAACAGUGAAUAUGAAAUGGGUUGUCUGGAUGUGUCAAGUGGUGACAAGCAGGUCAUCAGAUACGUUCAACGAUCCAUCGAAUUACAAAGACAGUUUUGUGCGUGUGCGGAAAAUUCACAAGCCGCCGGAGAUCAACCAGUAAAGAAGAGAGAACUUGCAAAGGCGUUAUCACUGUUGAGUUUCCAUUUGAUGAGUCAAGCUGUGGGAACUCGAAAUGACCCAAUGGCUAAGGAGGAGUUGCUACGACAAGCAAGAAAAAGUAUCCAAGAAUGCAUAGGAAUCUAUGACAGCCUCCAUGACAAUGGACGUCACAUAGAAAGUCUGUUGAGCCUCGGAAUCACAUACAAUGAUUCGCCUCGUCAGAUGUUAGAGUGUUAUGAAGAAGCUCUUCGUCUCUGUGGACGUACAUAUGGGCAUCGGCACGAAACCGCUGCACGGAUCCAUCUCAACCUCGCUCUUCUAUAUGACUGUCAGUUAGAGAAGCCGACAAUAGCUCUCUCUCACUACAAGAAAUGGUUACUUGUAAACGAGCAGGUUCUUGGGGCAGACCAUCCAAAGUCAAUACAAGCUCGUAUCGCCGUUGUAAGACACCUCAAGCAAAUGGGAAAGGACAGAGAAGCGGAACGAUUUCGUCAGAAAGGUGUCUGCUAGAUUGUCUGCUAGAUGGGAGAUGAGUCUGUCCGAUCGAAUCAGAUAAC